AUGGGUACUUGCCAAGCUAGUUGUUGUAAUAAAGAAUUUGAAUAUGGAUUGAAGACUCAUUAAAAAAGUGAAAGCAAUGUUGAUGAAGGUAAUCCUGAAUUUGAAGAUUCUAAAAUUAAAGAUUCCAAUAAUUCUUAAUAAAAAGAAAGAGAUAAAUUUGAUGAAGAUCGUAUACAUGAAGAAUAAGAAUAAAAUAAAAAAAAAGAAAAAUAAAAUGAUUCAAAUAGUCUAAAUUAGUAAAAGGAAAACUAAGAUAAAUCAAAAAAGAAAGAAAUAGAUUAUAAAAUUUAAGAACCUCAAACAUCUACACCAGACUAAAAAAAUUAAGAAUAAUAGAGUCAGGUGGAUAAGUCUGAAAAUUAAGAGAAAGCAAGUAAAAACUCUGUUUUUUCUAAGCCAAAAAAUUAGAAUUUAGAAUAUAAUUAAAUAGUUUAGAAUACAGAUUAAGAUGAAACUAAUAGUGAUGUUAGAAUAAAAUUGGGAGCAAAAAAUCUUGAUAAAGGAGCAGUUUAUGAAGGAGAAUGGUUAAAAGGAAAACGAGAUGGAUUUGGUAAAUAAGUUUGGCCUGAUGGAUCAAUAUAUGAAGGUUAAUGGGUUGAAGGUAGAUGUUGUGGAAAGGGAAAACUUAUACAUGGAGAUGGAGAUAUUUAUGAUGGAGAUUGGUUAGAGGAUAAAGCAAAUGGAAUAGGUAUAUAUUAACAUAUAAAUGGUGCCAGGUAUUAGGGACAAGUAUUUAAUUAUAAUUAAUUUAGUGGUUUAAUGAUAAAUAGCAAGGUAAAGGAAUUGAAACAUGGCCAGAUGGAGCACGUUAUGAAGGAGAAUAUUAUGAAGGUAGAAAAGAAGGAUAGGGAAUUCUUUAUUUUGUUGAUGGAUCUAAAUAUACAGGGAGCUUUUCUAAUAAUGAAAUAGAUGGAUAUGGAGUAUAUGAAUGGUCAGAUGGUAGAAUUUAUAAGGGAAAUUGGAAAUAAAAUAAAAUGAAUGGAGUUGGUGAAAUUAAAUGGAGUGAUGGAAGAUAAUUUAUUGGAGUACUUUUAAUAUCCAUAAAAGAAUUAUUAAGAAGAUUUGAAACAUGGAAGAGGACAAUUUCUAUGGCCAGAUGGUAGAAGAUAUAUUGGAAAUUGGAUUAAUGGUAAAUAAGAAGGUUAUGGUGCUUAUUAUUUACCUAAUCAAUUUCCUAAAUAUGGAAUUUGGUAAGAUGGCAGGAGAACUUAAUGGCUUGAAAAUCAAGAAGUAGAUUAAUUA